AAUACCGGAAGUUUCGAAUGAAAAUGAUCUAAAGUUUGACUACUGUGGUCUAAAAUGCUAAAGACGGCUCUGAACAGAAGUUUCGGAAAGGAGGAAGAAAAUGAGAAGCUUUGAGCUAAUUGAGAAGAAAGAUGGAUUCAGAGGAGGCUCUACAGUUGGUGAAACAUGGCGCUACUCUACUUUUCCUCGACGUUCCUCAGUUCACACUCAUAGGCAUCGACACCCAAAUGUAUUCUUCGGGGCCUAAUUUCAAGGGAAUCAAAAUGAUUCCUCCUGGAGUUCAUUUUGUCUAUUAUAGCUCAUCCAACAGGGAAGGCAACACAUUUUCACCCAUCAUUGGCUUCUUCAUAGUUGUGAAUCCUUCAGAGGUAAUUGUUCGGAAAUGGGAUAAACAAGAGGAGAGAUUUGUCAAGUUUUCUGAAGAAGAUGAAGAGAGGUAUACUGAAGCUGUGAGGAGAUUAGAGUUUGACAGGCAACUUGGCCCUUACAUGCUGAACCAAUACGAAGAUUGGAGACAUAUAUCUAACUAUAUUACAAAGGCUGUCAUUGAACGGAUAGAACCUAUUGGAGGAGAAAUUACAGUAUCAUCUGAACCAGAAAGCAUAAGCAAUAUUCCAAGGACACCCAUGGAAAAAGCUUUAGCUGAGCAGCUGAGAAGUAGUACAUACACAGUGCCUGCUGAGAAGUCUGAACAAAAAGGGUGUUACUUCACAUCAAUUCCUCGUCUUAUAAAACACAAAGGGUUGUCCGGGCAUGAACUUACAAGCAUGAACCUUGACAAGACGCAUGUGUUGGAGACCAUUCUAGCAAAGGAGUAUGGUGGAAAUGAAGAUUCACUUUUGGGAGAAUUGCAGUUUUCCUUUGUAGCAUUUCUGAUGGGACAGUCACUUGAAGCAUAUUUACAGUGGAAACUUAUCACCAGCCUUUUUCUUGGAUGUGUUGAAGCUCCUCUUCACACAAGUAGUCGUCUAUUCACCAAGUUUGUCCGAGUAAUAUACCAUCAGUUGAAAUUUGGGCUUCAAAAAGACAGUAAAAAUGCUGAUGUUUCUGAGGAAGGGGCCAUGGCAUUGUUGGAAGAGUCUUGGUUAUCUGAUGACAGCUUCUUACACAUCCUUUGCAAGGAGUUCUUCUCAUUGCUUCUUGAGGCCCCUGUGAUCGAUGGUGACCUCCUGUCAUGGACUAGGAAGCUGAAAGAUCUGCUCAUGAACUCUAUUGGUUGGGACUUUGAACAAAACAGUGCAGCUACUGAAUUAAAUUUUGAAGAUGACGAGUAUGCUCCAGUGGUGGAGGUAAUAGAUGAUGGUGGUGAUGAUGAUGUUGAUCACAAUGGAACACCAGCGGGAGGCAUGGACACAUCCUGAAUCUAGGCCCUAGUAAGAAUGGCAGCCACUCAAUUAUACCAAUUUGUGUUUUUGAAAACGUUGCUGAAGAAUUCAAAAUUGAAUUAUUUAUUUACCCUACUUUGUAUUUUGUCUUUAUAUUCUUUCCUUAGACUAGAUUCAUUGUAUGUGAAUUAUUAUUUACUGCUCCUACUUAAUAGCCGUUGGAAUGUAACUAUAUAUACACAUGC